AUGGAAGGCUAUCUUGCGCCUGCGGGUUUGGCCUCUCAAUUCAUCAAAGCCAAGCUCGGUAACGGUGAAAAAAUCAGGUUCCGGAGUGAUAAUUGGACCCCUUAUGGUUCCCUCUUGACUUACUUUGGUGAAAGGGGGCCCAGCCAGCUCCAAAUUCCUAUCUUUGCAACAGUAUCCGAUACUUGUACCAGCUCUGGGUGGAUCAUGAGGGGGGCACGUUCAAAUGAAGCAGAAGAAUUGCAGACCUAUCUUACAACCAUCGAAAAUCCUCGUUUGUCGUCUGUGGAAGAUUGUUACGUCUGGUCUUUGCAGGGAGAGGAGUUUAAUACUUUUCAAAUUAAAAUUGCUUGGGAGGGUAUCAGAAACAGGGGACAGAUCCAAGCUUGGACACGUAACGUUUGGUUCAGUGGUGCUGUUCCGAGACAUGCGUUUACAUUUUGGGUUGCAAGCCAAGACCGUCUCCCGACGAGAGCUCGUCUUGCCAGUUGGAGUAUGAACACCCCGACAACAUGCUGUCUUUGUGAUUCUUUCAUUGAAAACAGGGACCACCUCUUCUUGCGAUGUGAAGUAAGUGAACAAAUCUGGGAGCGUAUACUGACAAGGCUAGGCCACAGUGGUCUGCACUUCCACACCUGGACAGCCUUCUCGGAUUGGAUAAGCAUUAGGGACACGACUUCCUCUAGGACCCUCAAACGCCUUGCUUUGCAAACCGUUAUCUACAACAUCUGGAGGGAGCGGAACAACAGACUCCACGCCAGUACAUCCUCUACUUCAGCGAUAGUAUGCAAGCAAAUUGAUCGCUUCAUCAGAGAUGUUAUCCUCGGCCAUUGGAAAAACAAACGUUUCAACAGUUUAAUGCAGUCGUGGCUGAGAUUUGAGUAA